CGAGAUGCCAGCCCUGAUUGAUUUCCGCUCUAUUGUCGCUGCAUUCAGCAAACCGAUUCAAGGCAAAAACCUUGCUGUGGAAAGCGGCGCGCGACCGACUGCCCGCAUCGAUGACCUCGAUAACACUGCCAUGGAGAAGAACCACCCGCUACAGGACACAGGCACUGGCGCAGACACAGACACUGGCACAGACACAGACACAGACACUGGCACAGACACAUGUGCAACCGCAGCAGCAGCAGAGCCCGGGUUUCCAGCAAAUUACCCAGCAAAUUACCCAGCAAAUUCCAGUCCAAAAGGAAGCAUUCUUCCUACCAAAGACGCUGGUCCGAAUACUAUCGCUCCAGGACAGCAGAUCAAGAACAAGCCAGUUGCGCAGAUCCAGGAUAUCGACCCUGAUGCAGAGCUAGCCCCGCACAGCCAGAGCUCCACCAUGAAUGUUGUGAGCCGGAGUGUGACCCAGGUCGUGAUCCACAGCAAGGAAAAGACCGCAUUCGUCGUCGAUGAAGACAACGACAGCGACAGUACUGUUGAGAGAGCGAAGAAGGUUGACAAGACCGACAAGGCCGACAAGGAAGACAGCACCUCAUCAGGGCCGCAGCUCGAUCGUCUUGGAGCAAACGACAACGGGGCAAGCUCACUGCUGAGCGGCCGUGAGUGGAAGCUGGCUACUGCUCUGUUGUUAAUAGCAUCCUGCUAUCGGGGCCUAAACCUCCUGGCAUAGCCAGAGGGUUGUUCUGUGGGGAACAAGAAGGAAAAAGACAUCUAGGCUAUUUCUCGCAAGUUGUUCCUCACUCUACUACCUCUUGCCCAUGCAAUUUCGUAUUUUUCAGCGAUGAUGUUCUCUUUUCAUAUUUCUCCACACCCUCUCACCUACAACUUUUAUUUGCAAAUCUUCACUACUGCCAAUAUAUACAAAU